CCGGAAGUGUCGCUACUGGAGGCGGAACCUGGGCGGAACAAACGUCAGAUGUUGAGGAAACUAGCUGGUUGUGCAAGAAAUUGUCGUGAGCUGGUUGUUACUCCAAUACUGCAUCUAAGACACAUACAGAAAGAUGUCUGCAACUGUGACAAAUCCUUUUCAACAUAUAGUCGAGCCUCUGGACCCCAAGGACCCAAAGCAGCAGUUUUUCAAUCUGUCCAAGCUCGGAGAUCCCAGAUAUGAGCGUCUGCCGUUCUCCAUCCGGGUGCUCCUGGAGUCUGCUGUCAGGAAUUGUGAUGAGUUUCUAGUGAAGCGCUCAGAUGUGGAAAGCAUCCUCAACUGGAAGCAGACCCAGUCUCAAACUGUGGAGGUGCCGUUCAGGCCAGCCCGCGUCAUCCUCCAGGACUUCACCGGUGUUCCUGCUGUGGUAGACUUUGCUGCCAUGCGUGAUGCAGUGAUGAAACUUGGUGGCGACCCAGAAAAGAUUAAUCCAGUUUGUCCGGCGGACCUCGUCAUUGAUCAUUCCAUCCAAGUGGACUUUAACAGAAAGUCUGAUAGCCUUCAGAAAAACCAAGACUUGGAGUUUGACCGCAACAGAGAAAGAUUUCAGUUUUUAAAGUGGGGCUCUAAAGCCUUCAGAAACAUGCGAAUCAUUCCUCCUGGUUCAGGAAUCAUUCACCAGGUCAACCUAGAGUACUUGGCACGUGUGGUGUUUAAGCAUGACGGGCUCUUCUAUCCUGAUAGUCUGGUGGGCACUGACUCUCACACCACGAUGAUCAAUGGCCUGGGUGUCCUGGGCUGGGGUGUGGGUGGGAUUGAAGCAGAGGCUGUUAUGCUGGGUCAGCCGAUAAGUAUGGUGCUGCCGGAGGUGGUGGGAUACAAGCUGCAUGGGACCCCAGAUAAGCUCAUCACCUCCACUGACAUUGUCCUCACUGUUACCAAGCACCUCCGUCAGGUGGGCGUUGUGGGAAAGUUCGUGGAGUUUUUCGGCCCAGGUGUGGCUCAGCUGUCCAUUGCUGACAGAGCCACCAUCGCCAACAUGUGUCCAGAGUACGGAGCCACAGCAGCCUUCUUCCCCGUGGAUGACGUCAGCCUUCAGUACCUUGAACAGACCGGGCGGGAACCAGAAAAGUUAGCCUACAUUGCAAAGUACCUGAAGGCAGUGGCCAUAUUCAGAGACUACAAUAAUGUUUCACAGGAUCCAGAUUUCACUCAGGUUGUAGAACUGGAUCUCAGCUCAGUGGUUCCAUGCUGCAGUGGCCCCAAAAGGCCUCAGGACAGAGUUCCUGUGUCUGAUAUGAAAAAAGACUUUGACACUUGCCUAGAAGCAAAGCAAGGGUUCAAGGGUUUUCAGGUGGCUCCUCAGCACCAAAACACUACAGUCCCCUUCCAGUUUAAUGGAAAGGAGUAUACGUUGAGUCACGGCUCAGUGGUUAUUGCUGCCAUCACAAGCUGCACCAACACCAGCAACCCAUCUGUGAUGCUCGGAGCAGGGCUCCUUGCAAAAAAAGCAAUAGAGUCCGGUUUGAGUGUGAAGCCGUACAUAAAGACCAGCCUGUCACCUGGCAGUGGAGUGGUGACCUACUACCUAAAAGCGAGUGGUGUAAUGGAGUACCUCUCUCAGCUCGGCUUUGAGGUUGUUGGCUAUGGCUGCAUGACAUGUAUAGGCAACAGUGGGCCGCUUCCAGAGCCAGUGGUGGAGACCAUAACCCAGGGGGAUCUGAUUGCUGCAGGCAUCCUGUCAGGGAACAGAAACUUUGAAGGGCGAGUGCACCCCAACACCAGAGCCAACUACCUCGCUUCCCCACCGCUUGUCAUCGCUUAUGCAAUAGCUGGCACAGUGAGGAUUGACUUUGAAAAAGAACCCAUUGCCAUUAACUCAGAAGGCAAAGAGGUUUUCCUGAGGGAUAUCUGGCCCACUCGAGAGGAGAUCCAGGCUGUGGAGAGAAUGUUCGUCAUUCCAUCAAUGUUCAAGGAAGUCUAUGAGAAGAUUGAGAGAGUGAACGAACGCUGGAACUCACUGGUCGCUCCCUCUGACAAACUCUACACCUGGGACCCCAAAUCCACCUACAUCAAGUCACCACCAUUCUUUGAUGGUUUGACCAAGGAGCUGCAGCCUCCUGCCUCUAUAAAGGACGCCUACGUGCUUCUGAACUUGGGCGACUCGGUCACAACAGACCACAUUUCACCUGCAGGGAACAUUGCCAGGAACAGCCCCGCAGCACGAUACCUGACCAGCAGGGGUUUGACCCCUCGAGACUUCAACUCAUACGGCUCUCGUCGAGGUAACGAUGCCGUCAUGGCUAGAGGGACGUUCGCCAACAUCCGGCUCUUAAACAAGUUCCUCAACAAGCAGGCGCCACAAACCAUCCACCUGCCAACAGGAGAAACGCUGGAUGUGUUUGAUGCUGCAGAGAGGUACCAGCAGUCCAGCGUCCCUUUGAUUGUCCUAGCAGGGAAGGAGUACGGCUCUGGGAGCUCCAGAGACUGGGCAGCAAAGGGCCCCUUUCUGCUGGGUAUCAAGGCCAUUCUAGCAGAGAGCUACGAGCGGAUCCACCGCAGUAACCUGGUUGGGAUGGGGGUGAUUCCUCUGGAGUAUCUACCGGGAGACACGGCUCACAGUCUGGGUCUCACUGGCCAAGAGCGCUACACCGUUGUCAUCCCCGAGCAGGUCACACCCAGAAUGAUCGUAGACAUCAAGCUCGACACGGGCAAAACAUUUCAAGUGCGGAUGAGAUUUGACACAGAUGUGGAGCUGGCAUAUUUCCGCCAUGGAGGGAUCCUCAACUACAUGAUCCGCAAGAUGUCCGAAUCCUAAUCGUCUGUCUAAUUCUCGGCUGCAGUAGCAUAAUUGUAGUGAAUCCACGUAGUUGUUGACAACUAACAGAUCAUUUCCCGUGUCUGGUGCAGAGAUCUGUUCAGAGAGACCUGAUUUUUACAGCCACAACAUUGAAGCCACAGUAUUCUUAUUGUUCUGUUCAUUCUGUUUGAACACAGCAGACUGGGCUGAUGAUAAAUGAUGUGUAUUUAUUUCCAGUGUACAAAGUAGGACUGUACUUGAUUAAAAAAUGGCAGACAACAUUAAUUUCUUCACGUCAGCUGGAGGCCCUCCAUCAUCUCAGAAUCCUUCCCGCCUGCCCCGGGUACUGGAUGGGCUCAGAGACAACACUACUCUCUUUGAGGAAACACAGCAGAACCAAAGCAGAGGGUUAUUCCACUUCAUUGCAUGGGUCCUUGGUCUUUUAUUCUGCACAUUAAUUAUCAGGAAAUGACCACAUCCUUAGGGGUCCUUUAAAUUAUAUAGUAAUAGUUACAUAUAGUUUGAAAACAGCAAGAUAAUUCUGUGAUUGUUCCAGCAGUAAUGUUACACUGCAGAGUGCUGUUUUCUGCCCCUGCUCUGGCUUCAUCGGGUUGUCAGAUUAAUUUCACAUUUCUCCUGAUCUGCUUUAAAAUCAGGCCCACUUCUUCUUCAGACAUCCCCCCCCCCCCCCCCCCCGCGCUGUAAACCACCUGUCUGUGUGACGUUCAUGUCAUUGGCUGCCUUAAUAAUUUUCUUGAUUCAGAAAUGUUGCUGUUUUCCCGCUUUUCUCUCCUUAAGCACUGAUCAUUUUGAUUAUAAGACCUCAUAAAGCUGUUUUAAUUCAUCCAUUUUUUUAAACUCUUCCACACAGUUAGAAAGCAUUAAGUCACUGAAUAGUGAUAAACA